UCUAGCCCAAGCCAUCCCAUCUUCUCUUCUUCUUCCGAAUUGUUUCUCUUCCCCCAAAUCAAAUCCAAACCAAUCCAAGGGAAGGGGGAGGGGAGGAACUUUCCCCCAAAUCCAGUCCAAUCUAGGGCAGCGCAGCCACAUGACCCACCAGCCAUCGUCGUCGUCCUCCUCCGCCGCCGCGCCAGCGCCGGCCGAGGCCACCUCCCUCGCCCCGGGAUUCCGGUUCCACCCCACGGACGAGGAGCUCGUCUCCUACUACCUCAAGCGCAAGGUCCUCGGCCGCCCCCUCAAGGUCGACGCCAUCGCCGAGGUCGACCUCUACAAGCUCGAGCCAUGGGACCUCCCCGCCCGCUCCCGCCUCCGCUCCCGCGACUCCCAGUGGUACUUCUUCAGCCGCCUCGACCGCAAGCACGCCAACCGCGCCCGCACCAACCGGGCCACCGCCGCCGGCUACUGGAAGACCACCGGCAAGGAUAGGGAGGUCCGCCACGGCCCCCGCACCGUCGGCAUGAAGAAGACCCUCGUCUUCCACGCCGGCCGCGCCCCCAAGGGCGAGCGCACCAACUGGGUCAUGCACGAGUACCGCCUCGACGCCGGUGACCCCGACCCCCCCGCCUCCACCGCCAUCCCGCAGGAUUCGUUUGUCGUGUGCCGUAUCUUCCAGAAAGCCGGCCCAGGUCCACAGAACGGGGCGCAGUAUGGAGCUCCUUUUGUUGAGGAGGAGUGGGAAGAGGAUGAGGACGAUGUUGGUUUGCUACCUGUGGAGGAGGAGAAGGACAAGGAGAACUCUGGUGACCAGGAGCUUCCUGGUGCUAUGGAGAAGGGUUAUCUUCAGAUGAGUGACCUUGUUCAGAACUUGGGUGAUCGAAAUGAAAACGGUACCAUUGCCUUGCCAGUUUCGGACAAUUCAAAUAACAGCAACAAUUCUGAAGAUGUGGACGGGAAUCCAGGGGACAUUUUAAAUGACCAAAACCUUGGGUCUAAUUUUUUGCAGUAUGUUGAUCCUGUGGAGCAAAAUGGCUUUGUGCUUAAUGAAAAUAUGUUAUCUAAUGCCAGUGUUGGAGACCUUUUCAAUAGGACUAGCCCCAAUGAUGGAUUCCUAGAGCUGAAGGAUUUUGCAGAUAUUGCAAAUUUGGAGAACCCUUCAGGUAAUGAAUCCACCAUCUGGCCUUCUGAUGGUUGGCCCUGGAAAUCACUUGAUUCCGUGGAGGCUGUAAAUGGGGCUGGCAGUGAAUUUUCUGCCUUCGCUGGUGAACAGACUUUCCAGCCAGAAGAAUUGGAACAGUUGUUGCAGUCGCUGCAAGAAGACUCCAAUAUGGGUUCAGCUAUCUCUGAUCCCCCACAUUCAUUUAUAACAAACUUACCUAAGCCAGAGGAUGAUUCUCUGAUGUUCUAUGAUGCACCCUUUGAUUCUACGAUUUGUGAUGAUAGUUUUAGACAGCUCAAUGGAUUUCUUGGCUCCCCAUCAACCAUUCUAUCUGGUAUUGAUAUGGUAGAUGAUGGUAUGAUGUACUAUGAUGCAAUAGAUGACAACUUGUUUAAUGACCUUUUGGGCUCAGUACAGCCAUCAGCUGGUAGCAGCUCCCAUGCUUUUAGUGGACCUGUCCUUACUCAAGAGGUCAACAAUACAACUUGUACAUAUAGUCCAACUCAAAAGGUUUUAGAACCUAAUUUUGUAGUUGGUGCCCCAUCAUCUGCUAGGUUACCUGAAGCGGGUAGUCAGUUAAAUUAUGUUGUUUUACCAGAUUCCCAGACCAAGAGUAGUUCGAUGGGGAAGCGUUUUGUAAAGAUACUGGAUUCAAUCUCUGCGCCCCCUGCUUUUGCAGCUGCAGAAUACCCAGCUAGCCUUUGCAAAUCCUUGGCUCCUAUUUCUGGAGCACAUCACAACACUAUCCGUAUGUCUGCUGAAGUAAUCAGCAUAGGAAGUUUAACUCCUGCUUCUCGAGACAAGUGGUCCCUUGAGAAGGAUGAAGGCAUGGAGCUGCUCUUCUCGGCAGGUUUUGAGCCUGAUACCCGUGUACACUGCGGCUGCAAUACGAUAACCGCAGUACUGCGUGGUGGCUUCUGCCUCUUCUUUUUUUCAGCAAUAAUGCUCUUGGUGAGCUACGAGGUGGGCAUGUGCAUCUAUGGCAAAUAGCCUGCUGCUGGUAUUGGAGUAAGAACAUGACGUUAGGUAAUCGUAUCUGUAUUGAGGCAAACUGGGGACCUCCUGCUGGCUUAAUGUAUUGCAUUGCAUGACAUGGCAUGACCUCCGUAUGUUAAAGAAAGGGCUGAGGCUGUUUUAACUAUAGAACUAGCUGUGCCAUUUUGCUGCUCGAGCUCGAGAUCUAGUGGUGGGUGUAUGUAUGAAUUCCUCAGGUGCUAUUUAGUAGUAGUAGUAGUAGUAGUAGUAGUAGUAGUAGUAGUAUGUGCGAAUUGGUUAUUUAUCAGUGCAUGAUGUUGCUGCUAGUAAUUCAUGUUUCUGGUUGCCUUGGGCGGCGCUAGUGCAGAAUGAUGUAAAUAUUCUCCAAAUCUGCAAUGAAUUAAAACGAGGAUGCAUUUGCACUACAA